AAAUGUGCUAUUUGCUAACCCAAGUGAGUCUAGAAAUCUCUAGGGUAGGAUUUCAGGGUCAGUGUCGUGGGAGUUCUUGGUGACGCAGGAUACCCUUAGUUCCAUAACUUCUGAAUCAACAACAGCUACAGUGAUUUGGGACACAGUGCAGUUGAAGGCCUGGCCAGAGCAGUGGGCCUGGGCCACUAGGUAGAGGGCAGUGUUAGGGACAGUCUCCUGGUUCAUCCUUGCUUGUGAUUGGAUGAGACGAUGGUGCUGUCAUUGUGUUCCUGAGUCUUUUGCUCAUAGCUAUUUAGUCAGGCUUAUUUUUGGUGCUGGAGAUGGAACCCAGAGCCUCACACAUGAUAAGCACGUGCUAUACUGAGCUGCAUCCCAGCCCUCAGUCAUACUUUCGUAUGGGCAGAAUUUCACGUGUUAAGCUCUUUAUGCAAGCCUAAUUUCAUAUUAUGUCGAAUCACUUGGCUUUGUUCUGCCAGCUUCCUGCUUCCUAUAGACUCAAUUACAAGGAGGAGAACUUCCUCGUAGUUUGGGUGCACAUGCAUUCUAAAAUAAGAGCAAAUUCACUCAACACAAGACCUGAGGCUUUAAUUAAGGGGCUAAAUCCAACCCCAAAAUGUUUUUGUGAGAACUGAUUGCUUGGGCUCGUGCGUCACUGCACCAGUGAGGAGAGGCAUACGGGUUUUCAAUGGACACGUAUAGCCCCCCUAACAGCUGGUGCCAGAACUUAAAACACCCAAGGCUCCAAAGAAGAGACCCACAUCCACAAAACGUCGCAAAGAAGGAUGGACUGCAGGAGGGCCAGAGAGAAGUGGCCGUCAGCCUGUGGUAUGCUGCUGCUGCUGCUCUGGGGGACUGUGGCCAUCGCCCUUCCCCUGGAGGGUGGUCCCACUGGCCUGGACAGCACGCACACGCACGAUGUGGCAGAGGUGAAGAGAAACAGCCUCCUGACUUUCCUUGCAUGGUGGCACGAGUGGACCUCACAGGCCAGUGCUGGUGCGCUCAUCAGAGGGGAUGGCAGCGAGGUGUCCAAGCGGCAGGAAGGCCGGCCCCUCCAAAAGCCCCCUCGCCAAGACAAAGCACCCUGCAAGAAUUUCUUCUGGAAGACCUUCUCCUCCUGCAAAUAACCCCACCCUGCUUCCUGUGAAAUGCAGUGAUGGACCUGAAUAAAGAUCAUUAAA